AUGUUAGAAGGAUAUACGAGUAAUCCAAUUGUAUAUUAUGCAAUUAUUGUUGCUAUAUUAGUUGGUGUUUUUAAAAUUACCGUUUUUUCUUUAAGUUUUAUUUCAUUAUUACUUGAUUUAUUCAUUUUACCACCAACUGAUUUUGCUAAAUAUGGUGGAAAUGGUAAAUGGGCUGUUGUCACUGGAGCUUCUGAUGGUAUUGGUAAAGAAUAUGCAUUGCAAUUGGCUAAAAAGGGUUAUAGUAUCGUUUUAGUCUCAAGAACUCAAUCAAAAUUGGAAAUUGUAGCUCAAGAAAUCUCAUCUCAAUUUAAGGUUAAUACUAAAGUUGUUGCUUUUGAUGCUUCAUUAGAUUCUGAAGAAAAUUAUUUAUUAUUGGAAAAGGCAAUUUUUGAUUUACCAAUUACAAUUUUAAUUAAUAAUGUUGGUCAAUCACAUUCAAUCCCAGUACCAUUUUUAGAAACAAGUACCAAAGAAUUAAAGGAUAUAAUCACAAUAAACAACAUUGCAACUUUAAGAAUUACUCAAAUUGUUGCUCCAAUUAUUAUUUCAACAAUUGAAAAAAAUCAACACAAGAUUAAAGGUUUAAUUUUAACAAUGGGUUCAUUUGCUGCCUUAUUACCAACUCCUUAUUUAGCUACAUAUUCAGGUUCAAAAUCAUUUUUACAAUCAUGGUCAAAUGCAUUAGCUGGAGAAUUACAACCACAAGGUGUUGAAGUUGAAUUAAUUAUUUCAUAUUUAGUUACUUCAGCAAUGUCAAAAAUUAGAAGAUCUUCAUUAACUAUUCCAAAUCCAAAACAAUUCGUUCAAUCAACUUUAAAUAGUGUUGGUAGAAGAAAUGGUGCUCAAGAAAGAUUUGCAACUUCAACUCCAUAUUGGACUCAUGCUUUAAUGCAUUUUGGUAUUAAUAAUACAGUUGGUGUUUAUUCAAAAUUGGCAAAUAAAUUAAACUUGAAUAUGCAUAAAUCAAUUCGUACAAGAGCUUUAAAGAAACAAGCAAGAUUAGCUGCUGAAAAGAAGGAUUAA